AUGGCGGCUCAAAAAUUAUUGUGGCUGACGACGGUGCUCCUGCGGCUGUGGCUGGGUGCGACGGACCUGUGUUAUGCCCAAUCCACCCUGCUGACCUUCCAAGACCUGCUGCCGGACGACCCGCGGCACUACGACAAGAUGCGCCCGCCCAAGAUCAACGACCAGCCCACCAUCGUCAACUUCCACGUCACCGUCAUGGGCUUGGACUCUAUCGAUGAGAACUCCAUGACCUAUGCUGCGGACAUAUUCUUCGCGCAGACAUGGAAGGACUUCCGGUUGCGGCUGCCUGAAAACAUGACGUCAGAAUACAGGCUGAUCGACCUGGACUGGCUGAAGCACAUGUGGCGGCCGGACUCCUUCUUCAAGAAUGCCAAGUCUGUUACCUUCCAGACCAUGACCAUCCCCAACCAUUACGUGUGGCUGUACAAGGACAAGACAAUCCUGUACAUGGUGAAACUGACGCUGAAGCUGUCGUGCGCCAUGAACUUCCUCAUCUACCCGCACGACACGCAGGAGUGCAAGCUGCAGAUGGAAAGCUGUGAGUACACCUUCAUCAUCAUUAGUUAG